AUGACUAGGAUGGAAAAGAGUUUGGAGAGCACAAAAGGAAGCUUUGCUACAGUGCGGACAGGCAGAGCCACACCAGGCAUGUUGGACAGAAUCCAGGUGGAAUACUAUGGGGCAAUGACCCCCUUGAAGCAGCUGGCCACCUUGUCUGCCCCAGAAGCCAGCCAACUGGUGAUUCAGCCGUAUGAUAAGACCAGCAUUCCCAGCAUUGAGAAGGCCAUCAUGACCUCGGACUUGGGCCUCACGCCAGGCAAUGAUGGCAACCUCAUCCGCAUCAAUGUGCCUCAGCUCACUGCUGACCGACGAAAAGAAAUGGCGAAGCUUGUAUCAAAGCUUGGAGAGGAUGGGAAAGUGGCCUUGCGGAACAUUCGGAGGGACGCCAUCAAAACCAUUGACAAGAGGGGAAAGGAUAUCUCUGAGGAUGAGAAGAAGGCACUGGAAGACUCAAUCCAGGAAAUGACAGAUGACUAUGUCAAGCAGAUUGACGCCAUUGUCAAGUCGAAGCAGACAGAACUGACAACCGUGUAAACAAGAUGCCUGGCCGUGAGGGAUGUCAAGAGGGUGGAGCAUGAAGAUAUGGUGUUUGAUCCACGCAUGUCUGAUCCUGAGACGACGCAGCACUCAUGUAACCCAAAAUCAACUCAC